AUGGUUGCACAAAGCUCGGCUACGGCUGCGGACCCCAAACUUAAAAUAGAUCAAGCCACAUACAGGACAUUAAAGAGGACAAGGGAUAUGUUCCUCGCGAACCACUUACAGACACCAACAGAAGACACAGAUGCCUUGAGAAGCAGGAUAAACGCCAAAGUAAAUGCUGCGUAUGCACGUGUAAAAGAUGUGGAGACGGAUGUCACUGAUAAAGAAGUACAGGCGAAAGUGGUGGAUAUAGACAGCGCACCUUUGGGUGUUGUGUAUUAG